CAAAUGCCGUCUGUACGCGUUGCCAAUAUUCUUUGCUGACAACUGAAUAAGUCGGUAGGGCAUGUAUGCCACUGUAAAAGACUCUUCUAAUUCGCUGACGGAUUUAUUGCCUACAGUACUUACAUGCAUAAAAUAGUUAUGUAGGCUAGCAACGAUUUGAAAAGUAGACUAAAAAUAAGGAUUUUGCACCGAACUUGCCAACGGUACCUACUGUAUGUAAAUCAGGACCAUCGUUCUAGUGCUCUUGAUUAUAACCAAAAAACGACUGUUUCCCCAAAUAAAGUGCCGCGGAUAUAAAAAAUUUGAGCAAUGGACGAGAAUCCAAAGCAUACUCACAAUGCAGCAGUUCAUCAUAAAACGGAUGACGCCAUAAAAAGGUCAUCUGUGGCAGACGAUCUGAAGCCAACGAGUAGUGACGGCGAUGACUUCCAUGGUAUGCCACUUGGAGCUCGAAUCUCGUAUCAUGCUGGUUUGAAUCUGGACGAACGCGAAGCUUUUAAACUGUGUUUUCCUUCGUACGCUCAGUCAAUGAAACCAGCCGAUCCAUCCACCGCUGGUUCCGGGGAUAACAUAUCCAUGAUGAUCAAGAAAAUGCGCAGUACAAUGGGCAGCAUGGAUCCCAAUGCGGAAGCCGCUUCCAGCCAAAGCGAGGAUGAAGGGAACGAGCGCACUGUGCCAGUGCAUUACACCGAAAGCAGUACUGAUCUGGUGUCGGGCAUGGACGUCCCUGACACGACCGACUCCACCGGAAAGCACGAUCUGGUCAACCGGUUCAUUAUGGAAGAGACGCCGCACAGCGUGGGCGAUUACGGGGCUGGAAGGCGUAGCAGCGCAUUGCCCGGAAAGAACCCAACAGGGAACGAUUGCCACGUGUUCAGUGAAGGUCCUGCCACUGCCGGUCGAACUGAUCAGCGUCAACGCCACCACAAUCUUCCCUCACAUCACCAGUAGAUCUUGCUUCGUAGCCCAUAUAUAUAAUUUUGAAGUAACAUUCACCGCUUGCGCUGACCGCAACAAGAACGGUACUCAAGCUGCUCUGUGACUUGUUGUAAUUAUAUGAUUAUUUGAGAUGUAUAAAAAUCCCGGAGCAUGCUUAAACAUAUUGCAAUAUCGCUGCUUUCAUUCACAGUGAUCUUCUUUAGAAAGUCGUCUACUCUGCAGUUGAAAAUUAUCAAAUUUGAAGACUUUAACGGGAUGCUAAUUUUAUUUUUGAUUUAAUGCUAAUCCACUUUAACUGUUUUUAUGCCGGAAAUAAAGCAUACAGAUCUG